UGUCAUGCGCAUGGGAAACAUUCCAAACAAAGUUUGUUGAUGUCGAGUUAUCUGUGACAGAAGUGUUUCCAAGAGAGGUAAAACGCUAUUUUGCAGAACAUUCGGGCAUGAGUGAAGAGAAGAAGCGUGGGGGAGACGAGGUGGAGGAUGGGGGUCCCGGUCUCACGUACAUGCCCUUCGUCGUCAUGGAGGAACUCCUUGACAAGCUCAGGCUGCUCGACUACGAGAAGGAUUUUGUGCGCAAAUUAAAUCUCAAACCCAUUAGCAGACAUUACUUUGCUAUUGCGACAAAUUCGGGUGAACAGUUUUACAAGUUUUCUUCAUUAGCUGCAUGGUUGUUGCGGGUCGCGGGAAAGGAGUUUGACCAGCCACAAGAGUAUGACGACCCCAAUGCGACUGUGUCGGGUAUUCUAGAAGAAGUUCGCAGAUUCGGCCAUUCUGUUGACUUCCCUCCGUCCAAAUUAAAACAGGGGUGUGGUGAGCACUGCAUCUACGUACUAGACAGACUCGCAGAUGAGGCGCUCAAGCAAACUAACUUCACUUGGCACAGACCGGUGUACCCGGAGGAGCAGAUGGAUGAAGAAAACAUCAUUGAGGACGACGAUGCGGAACUGACGCUUGACAAGGUGGACGAGCCUCUCUUUGGGGGAGUUGAUGAUGAUUAUGAGGAAGAUGAACCGAUGUUGGAUCUCGAAGACUUGAAGAAACUCAAUAGAGCUAGAGCCGAUCAAGAGAGUUCAAAACCGGAGGAGAUUCUUGAAUCGAGUACAGACGCAGCCGACUGGAAACUUGAAGUAGAGAGGAUGCAGCCACAACUGAAAGUGACAAUCAGAACAGACAACAAAGACUGGCGUAUCCACCUGGAACAGAUGCAUCAGCACCGUGACGGCAUCGAGAAGUCGCUAACGGAGACGAAGGCGUACCUGGACAAGCUCCAUGACGAGAUCAGCCGCACUCUGGAGAAGAUCACGAGCCGCGAGAAGUACGUCAACAACCAGCUGGAACACCUCCUCCACAGCUUCCGCACUGCCAAGGACCAGCUCGCAGAGACCAAGGAGCGGUACCGCCAGGCCAGCGGCGGGGUCACCGAGAGGUCACGCAUACUAGCAGAGGUAACGGAGGAGCUGGAGAAAGUCAAACAGGAAAUGGAUGAACGUGGUAGCAGCAUGACCGAUGGAGCCCCACUGGUGAAGAUCAAACAGUCGAUCCAGCAGCUGAAGAAGGAGAACACUCAGAUGGACAUUCGUAUCGGGGUCGUAGAGCAUGUCCUGCUGCAGGCCAAACUCAAAGAGAAGAACACACAGAACAGACAGGCGUACGGCCUCAUUCCAGCUAUGUAGCGGUCAGUCUCAUCAACAGCCAUAUAGCGGUCGGCCUCAUUCCAGCCAUGUAGUGGUCAGCCUCAUUCCAGCCAUGUAGCGGUCAGCCACGUCUUGUUAUCAGUCUCCACCACAUCAUCCACGAAUUCAUCACUCAGUAGAAGAACGGCCGAUUUCAGAGAAGGAGUAUGCAUCGUUUCAGUGAAAUAAUUUUUCAUGGAUCAAAAUUAACACAGUUCGAAGGUCAUGGGUACAAAGUCUUGUCAUUGUUAUGCAGGUCAGAUAACUGUAAAAGUGUUUUUAGCAAAUAUUGUUUAAUAAAUGUGACAAGAAAAAAUAUUGAAAUCUGUCAUAAUGUCUGAAGAAGUUAUCUGAAUUUAUUUAAAAUCUAGGUCAAGUGUUGUCUGAAAUUGUUAAAAUCUAGAUUGUAGAUAAAUGACUGAUAAACGUCCAAAUGACAUGUGAAAUUUCACCUCAGAGUUGUGUCUGGUCUAGAGAUACUGUCGAAAAUCUAGGCCGUGCAAUUAUUCUUAUACUCGGACAAAAAAAGUUUAGCAGCAAUAUACAAAAUGCACUUCAAUAAAGGAAAAUUUGUGACUUUCAAUAUGGAAUCAGACACUGGAUUUCAUUGAUGCAUCAUUUGUCAGUUUAAGUAACAGAUUUUCUGUACUUGUAAAAUAAAAUACAGAACUGUCGAGUCAUUGAAUGUAGCUUACUUUUAUGUACAGUGCAGUUGUAACAAACUGCUCCACUUUUUUUUUGGGGGGGGGGGGGGGGGGGGUCUUAGUAUAUUUUUGUCGCCUUAUAGAAAAAAACCCAGAGAUUACAGUAUAAAAAUACACAAGAGAGUUUACCGAUUUUAAUUUGUGCCUUUGUGAAAGAAAGUAUAUUCGGUCAACACAGUUUAACUCCAUGGCCACAACAGCUUAAAGAAAUUAUCUGACAUCUACAUGUAUGUUAUUCCGUCCACAGAGUUUAACUCUUGUGCCACAAGAGCCUAAAGAAAUCAUUUGCCAUCUACAUGCAUGUUAUUCCGUCCACUUAUCAUGUUCAUCAACUGCAUGGAAUUUGAUUGUACAUAUUUGUUAAUAAAUUAUUUUAGUUUCCA